AUGUGGGGUCUGGUACUGUGGCUUCGCUUGUUUAUGCAGCGAAACACCGACCCCUCGCCAAUUAAGAAACAAUCGAGAUAUGGCGUCGACAACUCCUACACGUAUGCCUGUGUAUUCCACUACCAUGCGACAGAUUCACUGACAGACUUGCGUGCAGGCGAACCGCCCUCCCACCGCCAACGGACGCGCAGCAAGUCCCCUCGAAGCCGCCCAACCACGCCUCUUCGCCCUUCAUCGCGCAGCUCCCUACGCGACAGCGUCCAACGCGGCCGUGGCGCAGCUUCGUCAGCCAACGCGCUUGAAGGCCUCCAGGAUGGCUUCGCCGAGCUCAGCGACGCAAUGGCAGACCUGGAGCAGAACUUCAUGCAAUUGCAAUUGAUGCACGAGAGCUUGGCGCGCUUCUCGGAGAGCUUCGCCGGUUUCCUGUACGGAAUGAACAUGAAUGCCUUUUGCGUGGAUUUUCCUGAGGUAUGCGAUUGGGCACCAGAGGCGCCCGUUGCAGAUUCGUUUAAGAGGCCGCAGAACCAUCCUGAUCUCGGAGCUGCGAACUUCAACCGAAGUCAGGGCCCAGAUGACAUGGAGGCAACCUUUCUUACCACGGACACGUCUUUCGUUGAGAACCCACCGAGCAAAUCCGCAAACGCCCGCUCCUGCAUCCAAGACAUCGGGCAUUGGAAGAGGAAGAGGCGGAAUACCCCGCGCCGGAGGGCGAGGAGGUGGCAUACCAACGCGCGGUGGUGCGACACGAGGAUCCAGAGGCGGAAGCGGCAUUGCUAG